AUGGGAAACACCAAAUUACCUUAUUUUAUGCUAAGCCUCUUAAUAUUAUUGCAUGGUGCAAAAGCAGAACAAUGUGGUAGACAAGCAAAUGGAGCAUUAUGCCCAAACAGUUUAUGUUGUAGCCAAUGGGGUUGGUGUGGUACCACAGACCCUUAUUGUGGUUCUGGUUGCCAAAGCCAAUGCAAAGGUUCAACACCUUCAAAUCCAUCACCACCACCUCCGCCACCAACACCUAUUGGUGGUGGUGGUGGUGGUGGCGGCAGCAGCGGCGAUGUUGCUAAUAUACUUACUUCUUCUAUGUUUGAUCAGAUGCUUAAGCACCGGAAUGAUCCUAGCUGUCCAGCGAAUGGAUUCUAUACCUAUGAUGCCUUCAUUGCCGCCGCUGACACUUUCGUUGGUUUUGGCACCACCGGUGACGACGCCACCCGCAAGAGGGAGAUUGCUGCUUUCUUGGGUCAAACUUCUCAUGAAACCACAGGAGGGUGGCCAAGUGCACCUGAUGGGCCAUAUGCAUGGGGAUAUUGCUUUCUUAGCGAAGUUGGCGCCACAGCAGAUUAUUGUGUUGCCUCCGACCAGUGGCCUUGUUCUCCCGGUAAAAAAUAUUAUGGAAGAGGACCAAUCCAAAUCUCUUACAAUUACAACUAUGGUCCAGCGGGUAAAGCUAUAGGAGUUGAUCUUCUUAACAAUCCUGAUCUUGUAGCCACAAAUCCAACCGUGUCAUUCCAAACAGCAUUAUGGUUUUGGAUGACACCGCAAGGGAGUAAACCAUCCUGUCAUGAUGUCAUCACCGGAAAAUGGACGCCGUCUGAUGCUGACAAGUCGGCCGGCCGAGUUUCCGGUUUUGGUGUGAUCACUAACAUAAUCAAUGGUGGAAUUGAAUGCGGACACGGGUCGGAUUCUCGGGUCCAAGAUCGGAUCGGUUUCUAUCAAAGGUAUUGUCAGAUGUUGGGAGUGAGCCCUGGAGACAACUUGGAUUGUGGCAACCAACGGUCAUUUAACAAGAAAAUAAUGGGAAACACCAAAUUACCUUAUUUUAUGCUAAGCCUCAUAAUAUUAUUAGUGUGUUUGUUGCAUGGUGCAAAAGCAGAACAAUGUGGUAAACAAGCAAAUGGAGCAUUAUGCCCAAACAGUUUAUGUUGUAGCCAAUUUGGUUGGUGUGGUACCACAGACCCUUAUUGUUUAGCUGGUUGCCAAAGCCAAUGCAAAGGUUCAACACCAACACCUUCAACUCCGACACCAACACCUAGUGGUGGUGGCAGCGGCGGCGAUGUUGCAAACAUAAUUACUUCUUCCGUGUUUGAUCAAAUGCUUAAGUACCGGAAUGAUCCAAGGUGUAAGGGGAAUGGAUUCUACUCCUAUGAUGCCUUUAUUGCCGCCGCUCGCUCUUUCGGUGGUUUUGGCACCACCGGUGAUGAUGCCACCCGCAAGAGGGAGAUUGCUGCUUUCUUGGCUCAAACUUCUCAUGAAACCACAGGAGGGUGGUCAAGUGCACCUGAUGGGCCAUAUGCGUGGGGUUAUUGCUUUCUCAGUGAAAUUGGCGCCACAGCAGAUUAUUGUGUUGCCUCCCAACAGUGGCCUUGCUCUCCCGGUAAAAAAUAUUAUGGCAGAGGACCAAUCCAAAUCUCUUACAAUUACAACUAUGGUCCAGCCGGUAAAACUAUAGGAAUUGAUCUAUUGAACAAUCCUGAUCUUGUAACUACAAAUCCAACUGUGUCAUUCAAAACAGCCAUAUGGUUUUGGAUGACACCACAAGGAAAUAAGCCAUCAAGUCAUGAUGUCAUCACCGGAAGGUGGACGCCGUCUAAUGCUGACAGGUCGGCCGGCCGAGUCCCCGGUUAUGGUGUGGUCACUAACAUUAUCAAUGGUGGAAUUGAAUGUGGACACGGGUCGGACUCUCGUGUCCAAGAUCGGAUCGGUUUCUAUCAAAGGUAUUGCCAAAUGUUGGGAGUGAGCCCUGGAGACAACUUGGAUUGUGGCAACCAAAAGUCAUUUGCUUAGGCAAAUUACUUGGCUUGCUCAUGAUUUUCAAUAAGGAAUAUGUUGUAAUAAGGGGAUUAUUAUAGUGAUCCUAUGUGUAACAACAAUGCAAGUUUCUUGCUAAAGAAGAAACAAAUUGAUGGUUAUAAUUAUAUAAUUAAAUAA